CUUUGUCCAUCCGAAUACACCCUCACCGUCUCCCAGCGCUCUCCCCCGCCGCCGCCGCCGCCGCGGCCAGCGGGCCAACCCGCUGGCUCGCACGCCCCCUUCUCCUCUGCCGCUCUCCUUCCUGAAGGUUUGAGAGGAUGAGGAACAUAAAUAGAACGAGGAUUUAGAGGAGGUCUGGUAGAAGAACGGGAGGUAAAAGAGGCAACUUUAGAUAUGGAGAACAGGGCAAUGGAGGGGAAUUUGAGAGGCCAACGACUAAUAGAGAAGGAAAACAAGGGAACGGAUUGAGAGUUUUACAACCAUCACAAUAACAAGGGUAGAACCUGGCUAAAAACCCAAAACCCUAGAGAUAACCCCUCCCAAAAUCAUAAACUUUCUCUUCUAGAGACGAGAAAAUGCUAUUUUUCAGCAGAAAGCCAUGGCAACUGCUCGUCCGUUUCGGAAGAACCCCAGCUUUCUCCGGCACCCAGAGAUCAAAUUAUGUGGAUGUGAAGAUGGAGUGGAAGAAGGACCCCUUCUUCGACUCCCUUGACAUCCUCACAAAGGGCAGGGACCUCCGGCCACUUGUCUCCCUCAAGAACAUCAUUGCCCAAGAACCCGAUGCCCGCAUCCCCAUAUCUGCUGUCUCCAAGCGAGGCCGGGAGCUCGAAAUCGCUGGCCGUGUUGCCAGCUUCCUCCGGCGGUACCCAGCUGUGUUCGAGGAGUUCACAGGACCCAAGUACAACCUCCCCUGGUUCAGACUGACUGAAGAAGCUGCUGAGCUUGACAGAAAGGAACGUGAAGUGUACGAGACACGGCGGGUGGAGAUAGUGGAUAGGCUGAGGCGGUUGAUCCUGAUGUCGAGAGAGAGAAGGCUUCCAUUGAGAAUAGUUCAGGGAAUGCUGUGGUACUUAGGAUUGCCUGAAGAUUUUCUUCAAAAGCCCGAGGAGAUUUCAAAAGGGUGCUUCCAAAUCGUUGAAUUGGAAGAUGAGGAGCAGGGAUUAAGUGCCGUAAUUGAUCGAGAUGAGCCGGUUCUUUCUGCACUUCAGAGGAACGAAAUAAAGAAGUUAAAUGGGACUGUGGAGUCACUGCCAUCAGCCAUUGCUUUCCCUCUCUUCCCUUCGAAAGGUCUUCGCUUGAAGCGAAAGAUCGAGCAUUGGUUGGAGGAAUUCCAGAAACUCCCCUAUGUCUCCCCUUAUGAAGAUUUUUCGCAUUUGGACCCAAGCAGGAAUAUUUCAGAGAAGCGGGUUGCGGGAGUUCUUCAUGAACUGCUUAGCCUCUUUGUAGAUAAUUCUGCUGAGAGGCGGAGGCUGCUCUGCCUCAGAAAGCAUUUGGGAUUGCCGCAAAAGUUCCACAAGCUAUUUGAACGCCACCCUCAUGUGUUCUACCUCCUGUUGAAGAACAAGACCUGCUUUGUUGUCCUCAAGGAGGCUUAUUAUGCCAGAUCAACCACCACAAUUGAGAAGCACCCGAUGCUUGAGGUGAGGAAGAAAUAUGUUGGAUUGAUGAAUAAGUCAGAGGCUAUUCUGAGAAGCCAGAGGAGCAGGAAACCUUUGGCAGACGAUGCAGAGGGAGGCCUCGAUGCAGCUGUAGAUUCUGAGAGCAGAGAAGAUUAUGAUGGGUUAGAUGAAGGCAUGGAAGAGAAUUUGUGAAGUUAGCACUGCUAGUUAGUCUGGACCAAAGAUAAAAAGAUUAAUUUGCAUUAUCUUGUCACAAGUUCAAGGAAUACUGGAUACUGGAAGGUGGAACCAGGAAACAGUUGAUCUAUUCAUUGAACAAUAAAGCAAGCUAUCCAAUAUUUACUCAUGGAUGAUAUGGUUAUUGAGAAUUUUAGAAGUGAAAUGUGUAACUUAUGAUCAUGCAUUCAGGCUGGAGGUGUUAGCUAUAACCAAGUGAUUGAGAUCGAACAUAACUUAGGCUGAAACUGAGCCUUUGUGGUUUGACAUCUAUUUUUGGUUGAAACAUAUUUAGCUGCUUUGUUCUGAAAACAAAAAAUGAAAAGCACAAAACUGAGCAUGUCUGAGUUAAAUUGUCAACAGUAAAGCUUUUCAUAAUUGCUGCAAGAAAUGAAGGCCUUCCUAGUACUAAUUAGUCUAUGUUUUUAGAUUCAAUGGUGAGAUGAAUAGGAACAAACUUCAAGCUCAGAAUGGAGGCCAUGCCAUGUUUUGCAGUCUCAUUGGCAAAUAUUGACUUCUUCUUUGCAAACUCGGGAAAGGACAGGCAACAGUGAUUUUUGGUUCACAUAACCAUAACCUUUGUCAGCAUCAACUGGAUAAUCACUUGAAAUCUUCUUCUUAUCCAUAGACAAAAGUUACACAAGGGAACAGAAGUUUAUACUCAUUUUCUGCUUCUCCGACCUUGUGAGAUCACAUGAAACACAAGUUUUUCAAUGCAAACCAAGUGUUUGUAGUGCUGUUUUUUCUCCUG